UAAUAAUAAUAAUAAUAAUAAUAAUAAUAAUAAUAAUAAUAAUAAUAAUAAUAAUAAUAAUAACUAAACGUUUAUCCAUACACUCCCUCUUAAAGAUUCGUUUCCUCGAGAAUUAACAUGAAUUUGUAUAAACUUCUUCGUAUACUUCCUGUUCAAGGUUUGAACAUUCUUUCGCUUCCAAUUUAAUCCAACUCUAGCAAUCAAUUUACUACGACAAAUAAAGGAUCUCACUAUCCAAUCUGAAUGAAAAUUUAUGAAAUGACGUUGCCAACAACCAAAAAGUAGUUACGUCAUCCUUCUUGAUCAUACUUGCUGCUUCUUAAACACUGAGAUAUCUGCCAUACCUUCCAAAUAAACUCUAGCACGAAAUCGAUGUUUCAUAUUUUUGGACAUUUUACAUUAAUAUUUGGUUUUCAAUGAAAUUUAGGAGAAGAAGAAAGAUAUUAUCGAUGGUGAAUAUAAAAAUUUCAUUAAUGAAGACGAAGCCAUGUUGAGAUCAAUCACAAAAAAAAAUUCAAAAGACAAUUUUCAGUAAUUUCUAACAACAAAGAGUAAAUUGAAGUGCAUUUUGAAUUCUAAUUUUUAGGAGUCAAUUUUAUUGAAUGAGUUGUACUUUUUACUUUUGAUAAAUAUUUUUUUCUUGAAUUUAAUGAUCAAAAUGUCAUAAAACAUAUGGUGUAUAUCAUUUUAUGAUAUUUUUAAUAGUCGGAUAAUUUUGAUUUGUUCAUGGUAGCAUAUAAAAUACAACUUUGUUCAAAUAAUUAGUGUUAUUAUUUAUAUCAUUAUUGUGAUUCAUCCGGCCAACGGGUGGGUUUAAAUCUAGUAUAUCUAAAAUUGGUAUAAAAAUACAUAACAGGAAGUCACUAAUAUGACAGGUCAAUAAUCAAAUCCCACCCUCGUUAAUUAAGAUUAUAUAUGCCUAAGGAGGAAUUUUACAUUGCUUUAAAGUAUAGGUGCUUUAGAUUUUUAUCUUUAUGGUACAACUUGAAGUUUUACCUUUAAAAUUAUGAUAAAACUAUAUUUUUAUAUAUAAAUCUUUUUAUGAUAUAAACUACCUUUAUAUUAUGGUACAGUUUGAAGUUGUACUAUAAUAUAAAUGUACAAAUUUUCUUAUGGUAUAAUUUCAAUUUAUACUUUUAACAUUAUAUGAUGUACUUUAAUUUAACAAUACUUUAAAACAAAUUAGAAGUUAUCUAAAAUAAGAACAUCUGAGAGGCAGCAUGAGCAAACUCCCGUUGGACUUGGAUAGUGUCAUGUGCACUUAUAUUUUUAAUAAUAAUUAUUAUUUAAUUAUAGGUUGUUAGGGGUUGUUAGGGGUGGAUUAUGACGUGAUUAGUGGGAAUUAGUAGUUUAGUGGUUAACUAGAAUUAGGUGUUUUCGUUUGGGGUUUCUACUUGGUAGGAUUAUUAGUUUGCAUGAAUCAAGUAUAAUCAUAAAAGAGGAGGAUUGCCUGUCCUCAAACUAAGCCACGGAGGAAUUAUAAUCUUCUAUCAUAAUGGCGAGGAAGCUUUGCUCUGCAGCCAUGAAAUUAGCUGCAAAGGAAGUGAUUCAGUAUGUGGAGCGAGUCCUCUUCUGGAUCGAAAGGAUAGCUUUCUUCACGCUGACUUGUUUCUUGCUCAUCCGCCUCUCCGAUUCCAACAAAUCCCUUCAGCCAGGAUUCUUCCAUGGACUCGUAUCCAUGGUCGCUAUCAUCGUCUUCUUCCAAGGCUGGUUCUUUGUUCGUUACCUCUACAAAACGAGACCGGAAACGAUCGGAGUGAGGAAGGCAUACAAUCUGAUGAAUUCCGUCCUCCCUUCCAUUCCACCAUUCGACGCUCUCCAAUUCUUCGAGUCAUUGUGUAUAAUUAUUCACCUACAGACGAUUGUGUUCUUAACCACCAUCCCGCCAUCGUUCACGUGGGAACCGGACCUCGUCCUCGCUCUCGCCUCCUUCACGGGUCUCUGCGUUGCUACGUUCGCCACGCGGUUCUGUACCUUGCCCUCCGCUCAUUACGACGACGAAGACCGCUACGGCGAAGAUUGGACUGCAGUACUUAAGGCUAGGCAACAUUGCGACAAUGACAUUGAUCGAAAUAAGGCGAAGGGAGGAGAUGGAGGCAGAGCACCGUCUUCAGGGGAAGUUGUCAGGGAAAAAACAGAGGAGGGAUUGCUUGGGGACAGGGUCUUGAUUGCUUGGCAAGAAGAAGUAUCGCUCAUUCGAGCAGAGCUUUCGGAAGCUACGGCGGUGGUUGAGCAUUUGCGACGCCGCAAUGUCCCAUCUCCGUCUUGAUUAAUCAGGAUCAUAGCCGGCCGGUGCAAAUUUCUCAUUCUUAUAGAUAUAAGUAGCUUCUGUUAUGUCAUUUUGUUAAGGAUUGACUACUUGUUGUUCUACAUUACCAUGGUUAUAUAUGGGUUGGAUUAUUACAUCAAUUCGUGAUACAAUUUGAAUUCAGUGACGUUCUUAAUGAGUCGAUUUAUUAUUUUUAUGUGAUUUGAGUCGGGUAUCGUACUUGUCCAAUGGUUCGAUUCUGGUCUCAAUUAUUGGAAAACUUCAUAUAAUUUAGUGAGGAAACCACAUAUAUUCUUUGGUGCUGAACUCCCUUCCUUGGACCGACCAAGGAUGGUAACUGAGUGAACCAUAUAGUAAAAUUAGUAAUCCAUC